ACAAAUCCAAAUCCAAAUCAAGACAGAGAUCCAAGCUUCGCUCUAAGUCUCUGAUCCAACUUCGCGAGCCAUGGCGGAGGAUGAUGGUUGCUGCUCCACGCAACUCAUUGACGGCAACGGCGACUUCAACGUUGCCGGCCUCGAUAAUUUCAUCAAGGCCGUUAAGCUCGCCGGUUGUGGCCUUUCUUAUGCCGUCGUUUCUAUCAUGGGUCCUCAAAGUAGUGGGAAGAGCACCUUAAUGAAUCACCUGUUCCACACAAGUUUCAGGGAGAUGGAUGCUUUCAGGGGAAGAUCUCAAACGACCAAGGGAAUUUGGAUGGCCAAGUGUAUUGGGAUUGAGCCAUGCACAAUUGCUAUGGAUUUAGAGGGUACUGAUGGAAGGGAGAGGGGUGAGGAUGAUACUGCUUUCGAGAAACAGAGUGCUCUUUUUGCUUUGGCAGUAUCAGAUAUUGUUCUGAUAAACAUGUGGUGUCAUGAUAUUGGUCGAGAACAAGCAGCAAAUAAACCUCUUUUAAAGACAGUUUUUCAGGUUAUGAUGCGUUUAUUCAGUCCCCGCAAAACAACAUUGCUUUUUGUUAUUCGUGAUAAAACAAAGACCCCAAUUGAACAUUUGGAGCCUAUUCUUAGAGAAGAUAUUCAAAAGAUUUGGGAUGCAGUUCGAAAACCCCAAGCUCAUAAAGAUACUCCUCUUAGUGAAUUUUUUAAUGUGGAGGUUACUGCUUUGUCAAGCUAUGAGGACAAGGAGGAUAAGUUCAAAGAUGAGGUUGCUCAAUUACGGCAGCGUUUCUUCCAUUCUAUAGCACCUGGAGGUCUUGCUGGUGAUCGGCGUGGUGUUGUGCCUGCUUCUGCUUUUUCUAUUAGUGCACAGCAAAUAUGGAAAAUCAUACGAGAGAACAAGGAUCUUGAUCUUCCAGCUCAUAAGGUAAUGGUUGCAACUGUGCGUUGUGAAGAGAUUGCUAACGAAAAGCUUAGUCUCUUACGCUCUGAUGAGGGUUGGAUGGAAUUGGAGGAAGCUGUUCAAUUAGGUCCAGUACGAGGUUUUGGGGAAAAGCUGAGCUCCAUUAUUGAUACAUACCUUUUGCAAUAUGAUGAGGAGGCAAUCUUCUUUGAUGAACUUGUGAGAAAUGAAAAACGAAAGCAAUUGGAGUCAAAGGCGUUGGAUUCUGUGUACCCUGCUUAUACAACAAUGCUAGGACAUCUACGCUCUAAAGCUCUAGAUGAUUUUAAGACUAAGCUGGAGCAAUCACUAAACAAUGGAGAAGGGUUUGCUUCAUCUGUUCGCAUGUGGAUUCAGUCCAUCAUGCUUGAGUUUGACAAAGGAUCUUCUGAUGCUGCUAUAAGACAGGCAAAUUGGGAUGCUUCAAAAAUUCGAGACCAACUUCGUCAUGAUAUCGAUUCACACGCUUCAUCUGUGUGCAGUGCAAAAUUAUCGGGGAUAACGACUAAUAUUGAGAAACAACUGGCCAAGGCGUUGACUGAACCUGUGGAGUCCCUCUUUGAAGCAAGUGGAAAGGACACCUGGCUUUCAAUAAGAAAACUUCUUAAACGUGAGACUGAAGCUGCUGUAUCAGAAUUUUUAGCCUCCAUUGCUGGAUUUGAGCUGGAUAAAGAAACAGUUGAAAGAAUGCAACAAAGCUUAAGGGACUAUGCUAGAAAAGUGGUGGAGAAUAAAGCACGAGGAGAAGCUGGAAAAGUUCUGAUUCGCAUGAAAGAUAGGUUCUCUAUGGUGUUCAAUCAUGACAAUGAUUCACUCCCCAGGGUUUGGACUGGGAAGGAAGAUAUCAGAGCUAUUACAAGGGAUGCUCGCUCUGCGUCGCUAAGGCUUCUAUCAGAUAUGGCUGUUAUACGCUUGGAUGAGAAGCCGGAUCAUAUUGAAGGUGUACUUCAUUCAUCUCUCAUAGAUAAAUCUGGUGCUGCGGCAUCUUCACAAUAUACAAGUAGAGAAGCUUUGGUGGAUCCACUGGCUUCAAGCACAUGGGAGGAGGUUUCCCCAGAAGAUAUACUUAUCACUCCAGUGCAAUGCAAGUCUUUGUGGAGACAAUUCCAGGGAGAAACUGAGUAUACAGUUACCCAAGCUAUUUCAGCUCAGGAGGCCCACAAGCGGAGUAACAAUUGGUUACCUCCUCCAUGGGCAAUUAUGGCAAUGGUCGUACUUGGUUUUAACGAGUUCAUGCUUCUUCUGAAAAAUCCUCUCUACCUGAUGGUUAUAUUUGUUGUCUAUCUAAUCGUAAAAGCCAUUUGGGUAGAAUUGAACAUAGCUGGAGAGUUUCAAAAUGGCACUCUGCCUGGACUACUAUCCAUUUCCUCAAAGUUUCUUCCCACAGUUAUGAACCUUCUUAAACGUCUUGCUGAAGAAGCUCAGGGGAAUCCAGCACCUGAAGGAACAGAACCACAAAGUUCAGCUGCUCAGAUACACAGAAAUCAAGUGCACAAACCUGAUUUAGUAUCAAGCACAAUCACCAAUUCGGCUGAAUCCAGUGUUGGUUCAUCUGGUGGUGAUAAUGAAUACUCAACCACAAACUUGUCUCAGAGGCGAAGAACAAGCGUUCCAGAAGCUGAAAUUUCAUGACAAUUUGCUUUGAAGACGGUUGGCAUCAGAGUGGAAUGUGCACCAGAUAGGGUGCUUUUCCUAGAUCAAUUUUGUAUCACUGUAUAACAGUAUUUUGCUUUUCUUAGUUCCUGUAACGCGUAAAUUAUCUGAUUAUAUGAAGGACCCCUAUUUGGGUUCUACUACAAAAUAUAUCAUUGUCCAAUAGUGACAGAAUAAUUUUGUAAAUUAAAUUUCCUUUGAA